CACAGUGUGGUGAAUUAUGCCGGUGUACUGACUCAUAUUUAGAUGCCGACCGAGCUUAGGUUGCGUCCCAGAGUUUUUUAAGCGGCCGGAUCGGGACUCCCUCGAUGUUAGCCUUUCCCGGUGCUAUCGCUGCCGGGGGAAAAGGCGACAGAGGAGGCCAGGCUCGAAGACAUGGAGGCUAACCGUCCUUGCAGAGGGAGUGAGCUGUAGGACGUGGUGAAUUCUUUGAGGGGGGGGGUUGGCCCUCCUAGAAUGGACCCCGCCCACAUUGGAGGGGAUAUGUCACCUCUGUACGUGCCAAGAAAAAGAAAGUCUGUCCAGUCACAACCUAAAAGCGGAGUGCCAUGUCCAGUCUUUCCAACAGUUGUUCAGCGAAUGCCAGAAAGAGCCUGUGAAUCAAAUGCAGUCGGAUACCCUAAGAAUGACGAGUCUCAAGCCCAAGAUGCUCUAAAGAUGAAAAGAACUUAUGGUAGAAAAAGGUACGAGGACCUCCAGAGUGUCUCCAUAGGAACAGUAGAUUACCCAACCACCAGCUGCUCAGUGAUGUCAUCGGGUGAGCUGCCCAAUGGGGUGGAUCCUGGCUCCAUGGCUCCGCCCACAGCAAGGCUGCCUCCAAGACUGGUGGCAAAGGACGCGUGGCCUCAAGGUCCGGAGGCCGGCAGGGAGCAGUCCCAGCCUCAGGACCAAAGCUGGAACUCCAGCAGGGACAGAGGCCCCGAUGCCUGGGCCCCAGGUAGAGACCGACCCCAGGAGCAGGUCUGGAAUUCAGGCAGAGACCGAAUGGGACACUCCAGUCAAGACCAGACAUGGAUAGCGGGCAGGGACAGAGCUCAUACUGGACAGGACCAGGCCUGGAUGACGGGUCGGGACCGAGGUCCUGAGCAGGGCUGGGCAGCUGGCAGAGACCGAGGUCAGGAUCAGGCCUGGAACGCUGGCAGGGAUCCAGGAAGAGACCGGGCCUCCACAGGGCCAGAGCAGUCUUGGGGAUCUGGCCGAAACGAAGAUCAAGCCUGGAGCAACACGAGCAGAGACAGAGGACACGUCUGGAGACCUGACAUGAACAUGAAGAAGGUCCAGAGAGUGGAGAUGGAGCGGAGCCCUCCUGUUAAUAACUUCCCACAGCCCCAAGAGGGCAGAGACUCCUGUUCAGACGCAGCCAGUGUUGGUGAGGCCUCCACAGCCCAGCCCAGCGAGGAGCAGAAACCUCCGGUCUUCUCCACCAAGAAGGAGCCUCCUACCUACCCUCCAGGAAGUCAAGAGGAGCGCUGGCAGCUCCAGAUUGUGGCCAAAGGCAGAGUCACCUGUCCAAAAUGUAAGAGUGUGAGCAGAAAGACUGUGGAGGGGCUGAAGAAACACAUGGAGAACUGCCGACUGCAACCUUUUACCUGUCAACACUGUGGGAAACAGCUGAAGUCUUCAACAGGGAUGAAGUAUCACAUCAUGGCUGACCACAGCCAUCUGCCUUCAGCAGACGAUGCCAAGGGCCUGGAUGAUCGUGCCAUCAAAGACAAACUGCGCAAAAUCCUGAAGAGACUGGGCAAAUUAAAAUGCUCUAAAGAGGGCUGUAAUGCUGCAUUCACCAGUAUUAUGGGCUAUGUAUACCACAUGAAGAAGUGUGGGAAGGAGGAGUCAGAGCUGGAGAAGAUGUUGCUGAAUUGCUCUCACUGUGGGAAAACAUACAAAUCCAAGGCUGGUCUGGAGUACCACCUUAAAUCAGAGCACGCUCCUGUGCCCCAGAGGACUGAGGAAGAUGAGGCACUGAAGGCCCAGAAGGAGUCCAACCCAGAGAGGACGGCCAGCGGCAGGGUCCAACGAGCCUCGGCACAGGUGGCCAACUUCCACCUGGCUGAAAUCGCCAACAACGAGUUGCCCAAAGACUGGCCCAAGAGGAAGUUUCAGUCAGACCUGGUGCCCGAUGACAAAAAGUUAAAAUAUGCCCGACCAGGCCUCCCUGCCUUCAGCCAAGAAGUGCUGAGGAAGUGGAAGAAUGAGGUGAAGCUGCAGAGGAAAGUCCAGUGUCCCAACCAGGGUUGUGGCUGCACCUACACCAGUGUGUCUGGCCUGAAGGCUCAUCUGGGACUCUGCACAAGGGGUGACUUUGAGGCUGGAAAAUACAGAUGUCUCAUCUGCAAUAAAGAGUUUAACUCUGAGAGUGGAGUGAAAUAUCACAUCAACUCUGUCCAUUCACAGGACUGGUUUGUGACGAACAAAAAGGCCUCCAAGAAGUUUGAGAAGUUCCUCAAAAACCAGCCCAAGGAGGUUGUCCAUAAUGUGGACAAGCAGAUUGUGGAUCAGUACCACCAUCACCACCUCCAGCACCAUCAGCAGCAUCACCAGCACCAGCAUCAGCACCACCACCACCACCAUCACCAUCAGCAGCAGCAGCAGCAGCUCCAGCACCAGCCCCUGCAGCACCCUCUCCAGCCACUGCAUCACCUCCAGCACCAAACCCAGCUCCUCCAUCCAGAGCACCAGAACCUCCCUCCACAGGUGGAAACCCAGCUCCAUCAGCCCAUGCUCCACUACACCCCUCUAGAGCCUCCUGCGGGACCACUGUGGGUGGAUAUGGACCGGAGAGGAGCCAUGCCAGGGCCAGAGCAGGCCCCGAUUGAGAUGGAAAUGGCUGACGUUGACAAACCUGCAGAGGAAAGCAGCGGGAUGGUGGAGGUUAAAAGGAGAGAGAAGGGGGAGAGAGCAGGGGAGAGGGGGAAGGCUGAUGGGAAGCGGAAGGAUUGCUUCUCUUUCGGUGGUGGGGGUGGUGGUGGAGGUAGUGGUGGCAGCAGCAGCAGCAGCAGUAGCAGUAGCAGCAGUAAUACAGGCAGCUCAUCCAGCGAAUCAGAGGUGGAGCAGCAGGACCGACAAAGACAGAUUGACCAGUGGAAUCUGAAAAGACCAGGCAUCAUGGAGCCCUACCCUGAGGCUGGAAAGCGACAAAGGAACACUUAAAAAGGCCCUAAAAAUGACACUAAGCUUAACACUCGUCUAACGCUCUCACGCACCAGAGCUGAUUUUAACAGAGGUAGAAAAAGAUACCAUCGGGUGUCCGUCCACACUUUGCCAGUUGUGACAGUGUGACAUAGACGAAAACAAACCUAAUUUUCCACAAGACAAACAGGUAAGAAGGCAGCUUAUGACAGAGUAACAAUUUUUAACUUCCGAUGCUUUGGAAGUUCAGAAAGCUCUUAGGUGAUGAUGGAUAUCUUCAAGGAAACCUCAAGGUGUCAGCGUGGAUACGAGACUUCUGGUUUAGAGGCUGUUUCUCUGUAUUGAAAUGGUCGUCACUGUAUAGCCCUGAGAAAUGUAGUUAUACCGUUUAUCUGUGUGUUUAUACUGUAUGUAACAGAUUCUUUUCACCUACUUUAAACGUCUUAUUCUUUUAAGAAGUUUGAUAAACACUUCUCGUCUUUUAUGUUCACCUUUAUAGGGAAAAAAAUUACUCUAAACUGAAGAGAGGAUGCUUCACUAUAGUAUUUUGUUAGACUUGUCUAGUUGCUCACUCUCGGAAAACGUUUUGUGCCUCUUAAGUAUGAUCUAUAUAACUUCAUACUGCUCAUCAACACUUUUAAUUACAAAUUAUUUGCCUUUUGUGGGCUGAAUAAUGUUGGAAAUAUAACUUUUCUGGUCAAAUGUGAUAGAAAAGAGGUUCUCCCUCACCUUUUCUCUUCCUUUACAUUAUUUUUAUCUGUGGGAUUUAAAGUUUUGUUUUUUUACUGUAUAUUGACCAUGAAAGCACCUUGGUUCAUGACUGGCUUCAAGCUGCCAUCCUUGAACCAAGUCUUCUGGCAACUUCUGGUAAGAUGAAAGAAUCCGUUUGCACCUGUGCUCAGUGCAGUUACAGGAGUUAUCGCAGGCAAAUCACAUGUGAAGAGCAAUGAAGCAGAAAGAAAAAAAGAAGUUAAUAGAUAUACUUAAUAGAUAUACUUCAACACUUUAGUAAACACUUUAUUUCUGAAAGAUGAGAAGACCAACACCACUCUUGAUAAGUCCGAAAAACCGAUUCAUCUCCCUCCGGUACUUCUGUGCCGAGUGUCUCUGGCUAUGCUACAACAUUUUGCUAAGACAUAGCGACAGCAUUUUAAAACCACAUAUUGAUGUUGUUACAUUUAUGUUUGUGGAGGGAUUAAACUAAUGAGAUACAGCUUGUUGAGUAGCGAGCGUUAAUAGUUUUGGUAAGGGUAGUUUUGUACUUGGGACAGAGCCAGGCUAGCUGUUCUCCCCUGGCCUUUAGUUUUUAUGCUACGCUAAGCUAUUCGCACCCUGGAUCUAGCUAUGUACAUAACACAGACAUGAGAGUGGUCUCAAUCUUCUCAUCUAAAUCUUGGAAAGAAAGUAAAUCACUUUAUUACCUCCGCCAAGGUCUGUUUGUUUGUUGGUUUUUUUUUUUUUGGUUGUUGGUUUGUUUCUCAGCAGGAUUACGCAAAAACUACAGAACUGAUUUGCACCGAACUCGGUGGAGGGGUGAAGCAUUGGCCAGGGAAGAACCCAUUAGAUUUGGGGGCAGUUCCGGAUCAUUUAGAAGUCAGAUGUGUAUUGUUUGACGUUGGCCUUGGCGGAGGUCUGCGCUCUGCUGACCGUGUUUUCCAGUUUCUCAAGAUAUUACUCGAGAUACUCCUUUUUAAAAAAAAGGGUUUGACAACACACGUCAGCCUACAGCAUGAUACUAUUCUCAACACUCAUUUUCUAAUUAACAGAAACAUCAAAAAGUAAAAAUGUGAUUAAUGUGAUUAAUUAGAACUUGAAAUUGAUCCCAACGGUGAGUGAAGCCCAUGUCUAAAUGUAGUUUUGAGAUAUGUAUUCUUGUAGUCUCUUAAAAGUUGUUGAGAUGUUGGAAUCUUUCAUUUGCGGUAAUGUGUUUUUUUUUUUUCUGUUCUUGUUGAUGUUUGUGUUUUCUUUUUUUUAAUCUUAGUUUUACAAAAAAAAAAAAACAUCAAAGUAUAGACCGCCACCUCAAUACAUUCACACUUCAACAAUGGACUGGUUUCCAUUGAUGUAAAAUAAAACAUCUUAGAAGGUCCAAUUGCUAGCUCUCUGCCAUCUUGUGGUCUUCCUCAGUGGAUGAUUUUUGCUCAUUCGAUGGGCAUGUGAUGAUAACUGAGAUAUCUCCAUGACAACUGAGCCAAUGCCAUCAGCUGAAAAAGACAGCAGAUGUGGUUGAAAGUUCUGUAAAAACAGAGUAAGUGGACCCUAAGUGAGGAUGUUUUUACGGUUGCUACUAAUAAUUAGUUUCAUCAUGGACUAAUCUGCUGAUUAUUUUCUUGAUUAAUCAAUGAGUUGUUUUGUCUAUAAAAUGCCCAUCACCGUUUUCAACAAAGGUGACAUCUUUAAAUGUCUUGUUUUGUCCAACCAACAGUCCGAAACAAAAGUUAUUAAGUUUCAGCAAAGAACAUGAUUAAAUCUGCACAUUUGGGAAACUGGAACUAGCAAAUUUUUGCUUUAUAAAAUGAGUGAAAUGAUUAAUCAUUUAUUAAAAUAGUUACCAAUUAAUUUUCUGGCGAAUGACUAAUUGAUUAAUCAACUAAUCAUUUCAGCUGUUAUGUUUUUGUUAAACUGCUUUUUCCAUGUUAAGAAUGAACUUAAAUGCUUGAUUUUUUUUUUACCGAUUUGUUGUUUUUUUGUUUUUGUUUUUGUUUUUUUUUAACCACAAAUACAGCUGAAGUCCUUUUAAACAUUCCAGGUAUGUCUGUUGUUCACAUCACAAAGUAAUAUCAGCAGGGAAUCAAAAGAAAGCACAGAAAUAUGAUGGUUAAUCAAAAAACGAGAGCCAGUAAAUAUGUUGAGGACGUCUGGCGACUUAUUGAUUAUUUUACAGUGCAGUGCGGUCGGAGUGGAUGAUUUUUGAUGGCCAAAUGAACAGAAGUAUACGGCAGCACGCAUCCUCUCCACCUCACCGACGCAGACAUUGACACAGAUGAACUACAAUGACGGAAAGCUAACAAGCAUUAAACGUGGAGGCUGGGUGUUUUUCUUUUCUGUUCAUUCUUCAAAUACAGACCUGCUUUUGUUUCACAGAAUAUUUAACCAACAGCAUGUAGCCUAAUGUUUGUGUACUCUGAAUUUUGUAUCUACUAUGGUGGUGUCUGGUUGUGGAUGGUUGUCAUUGUUGUCAUUUGUUUGUGGCAUUUUAACACUAUUUUUUAUAUAUUUUACAACUUUUUUUUUUGCAUUUAUGAAUGUAUUCGUUUCCCUUCUGCUGUGCACUUCUGUUAAGCCAGUUUUCCUCUUGAAAGGAUAAUUAAUUUAUCAUUUCUCAUUGGAUUUGAUUUGAAACACUCAACGAGGAUUACCCUUUAAUCUGUGAAUCUGUCUAUAACAAACUAUGUAAAAAAUAUUUACUGUAUCUGAUUCUGUUUAAAGUGCUUUACCCUUCACUGCCCUCCAUCAGAUGCCUUUUGGAAGAACAGCCUGUGUCAUUUAAGUUAGAAACGUCCUAGUACAUGGGAAGUAAUUCAAAAAGCAUGAUUUCUUUUUAUUUUUUAUUAUUCACCAUGGAUCUCAAGAAGUGGUGGAAAACAAGUUCAGUACCGCUUACUGACUUUGAUUAUUUUGCUUCAAGCCUUGUGAGAAGCCUGAGAACCCCUUUUCUAUUAGGGAUCCUAGCACCAGCAUCACUCAUUUUUUUUAUUUUUUACUAUGAUUAUAUCUUUUCUAUUGAAAAGCGUCAUUUGCAUGGUAGCUCUGUAACUUCGUUGACGGACAAACGUAUGUUAAACCACCUUUUUUAACCUGUAUGCAGCCAUUCUCUUGCGCCGGGUCAGUUAGCCUUUGAUUCCAAAGUGUGUUGAGUGAUUGGACCCCGGUAUAAUUGCAUGCAAGUCUAGUUUUUAUUUUUAUCUUUACUUAAAUCUUUCAUUUAACCAGGAUGGACUUUGGAGAUUGAAGACUCUUCUUCAAGGGUUCUAGCCAUGUUAGCAUUACAUUGCUUGUAGAGCUAAUCAGUUGUUGAAUUGUUUACCAAGACUUUGAUGAAGUCUGAAUGUGUUGUGGUGGUGCUUUUUACUCUGUUUAGCCACUGUGGAUGUUAGUGCUUGUGGUAAAUACCCAGUACUUCCCAAUAAUAAUCAUAAUAAGAUAAUUAAUCAAAUUAUUUUUCAUAGCCUAAGCCAGAGGUUUCCAACCUUUACGGCUUGUGAUACCUUAAUAUCAAGCGGUAUUUACUUGUAACCCAUGGUCACCGUAACCCAUCGUUUAUAACCAAGUCAACAAAAAAGUAAGAAAAGUAAAAGUAACUGAGUACUUUUUAUUAAUAUAUUGCCCAGUCAUUUCUAAGGAAAAAAG